AUGCGCAGCCUCACCGACCUUUUGCUUGCCGCUGUUCUUGACAGAGGUGCGGCUGAGGACUUGGCCAAGGUCAAGGCAAAGCGAUCCGACGUGGUUCCCACGUCACUUGCCGCCGCGGUCGUGGACGCCGCAGCAAAGUGUCUGACGGCAAUCGCGCUGAGCUAUUCCCCAGAUCGUGCUGCAGGUGCUGUGGCCUCGACGCUUAAUAUCCUGCUCGCCGCCUACAAGGCAGCGAGCGAGUGGGAUCCAAGCACGGUUGGCGCGUGUCGUCGUCGGCUUUCUAUUAACCAGCAGCUAUCGAAGCUUGUGAUUAGGCCAUCGUCUGACAUCGCCAAGGAGCUCGCCGUGGCAGUGAUUCUCUCCGCCGAGGACGAGGUGAUUGUGCGACGCUCACUGCAGAAGAAGAUGACCUCGCAUAUCAUGCAGAACCAAUGUGAUAUGCGUUACGUGUCUUUUCUGAUCCUCACCGUCAUUAGUGAGGAGACGAAAAGUGGGUAUUACUACCUCCGCGCCCUCCUACAGCAGGUUGGUGACCACCUUCGCUCGAAGCAGAGAAGCUCCGGCGCGACACUGUCCUCGCCUGAGGCCCUGACGUGCUUCCUCGAAUACACCAUUCCUUUUUUGGUCUUCUUCAUGGCCCACCACACCUUCUACAGCAGUGAACAGGAGAACCACUUUGUUGCGUACCAGCGGGUCUGGCACCUCUUGUUUGAGGAGCUUUUCCGCCACGGGACGCAGUGUGCUAGCUUCCUGGUGGAGCUUCUCGCCCGCAUCAAGCAGUCGGACGAGGUGCUUUACAAGGAGCUCCACGCGGCACGGCUGCUGUGCGACCUGGGCAGCCGAGUAAUGCAAGAGUGCCUGGGGCAGCGGCAGAUCAGCGCAGAGGCUCUCAAGCGGUACCCUGGACGCGUUCUUUUGCCAAAUUUUUUUGUCCCCUCGACUUCUGCCGCGGAGGCACUCAGUACCAUCUUUCUUGACGCAAAGGUGCACAUUUUCUCGCACGUUCCAUUCCGAGCGCCAACGGCGGCGACUUCCUCAGAAGGUGGCGUAGCAGGCGAGAAGGCGGCCUCCUUGCGUCGUGCCGCUGGGACAGAGGACGUUGAAGAUGAGGCCAACCCCGAGCUCACCGCACAGGCGGAGGUGGAUUUGCCCCCACUUCUCCGACAGCGCGUCGAUACGGCGUUGGGUGCAUUCAUUGGCGCCAUGACGAAGGAGGAAAUCGUGAAGCUGCGCUGGCCAGAGGUGAAACGGCGCAUAAUGGAGAUGAUGGCCGGCGGCGAGGACAACGCCGACAGCGACAACGAAGAGGAGAACGCGGAUGAGGAGGAAGUCAUGGGGUACGCCAAGGAGCAGCUCCGCCGGCUGUACGAGAGGGCCCCACCGCAGUGA